UUAGCCUUGAGAACGGCUCUCUUGAGGGUGGACAUGGAUUUGACUAGGCUCGACCAAAAAUUAGUCAGAAUGGCUCGAGUUUAACGCUGUUGAUAAUUUUAGCUCGUCAUUGUUCAUGCGGAUGUUCAUGCGGAGAGGCCUGGGGUUAUAAAGAACUAGUCGGGGUUGUUCUUCAACUGCUCAAUAUAAGUGCUCGCCCCCAGGAACGUGGCACUGCGUGCCUUUACCAAUACGAUGUAUUCAUAAUAAUUAAGCUGCUUUAGAGCAACUGCUUCCGGAAAACAUGACACGAUGCAGUACGAUUCGUGCGAAGCCCAGAAUGUCGGUUAUGCGUGCGCGGCAUUGUCGGUUAUCAUCUUAAUCAGUCGAGUAAUCAUAUCUCGAUGGCGACGCGAACCUGCCGACCUCAGUUUUGUCUUCGUCGUGCUGUCGAUACUGGCGAUUAUUGGGAGGAUCAUUGUCAACUACUUUUACCUGACAUUUGGAACGACCAACGAAGUUUUGCACGACCCGCACUUUUCCGAUCAUCACGAUACAAGUCGCUUAGAAACUGGAAGCAUUCUUGUCUUGAUAGCUAGAGUCCUUCUUACAGUAGGCUUGUGGCUUCAGAUAUGCCUUCUGCUCUUGUUCUAUUCGAGAAUAACCUCGGGAAUAACAUGGGCAGAUCGUCUUACCAAGACAGCUUGGGUCACCGCGGUCUUAACCUUCAUCGCCAUCGUACUAGCAACGUUCCUUGAAUGCCGUCCGAUCAGCUUAUACUGGCAAAUUAACCCCAACCCAGGGCACUGUGUGCGAGCUUACGUCCAGUUGCUUAUGCAGGGAAUCGCCAACAUCGUCAUCGAUCUCUUGCUUCUCUUCAUCGCGUACCCCUUAAUUUGCCUAAGGAAACGGACUUUAUCGGAAUAUAUUUCCCUCUACUCCCUAUUUGCGCUUGGCACAUUCUGUAUUGUUAUCACCAUAAUCAGGGUAGUCUUAAUAUUCAACGAGGACUCUUCUCAAACCACACGGAGCUUAUGGGCGUCAGUUCAGAUGUUUGUCUCGUGUUUUGUUGCAAAUGCACCGACCAUCUACGGCUCUCUGCGUGUUGCUCGGCGGAAGAGGUCUGGACAUAGAAGUACACCUGGUUAUGCCAGUGAUGAACCGCUAAGUCGGCCAGAGCGUCUGGAAAGAGACUCUUGGAUAAAGAUGGACGAAGGGAUCGCCCUUAAAACGACUGCGCCCGGCGUGCAUCAUAAUCCGACACCACCAUUUACUACAGCGAUAUCCGAUAAUGAUGAUAUUCUCCCAGCGCCACAAUCUCGUCCUUGAUCCCUUACCUUAGGUACUUAGCUCUUCUACUCCAGAUAAGCCUCGACAUCAACCCGUGGUACUUAUACUUAUCUUGAAAGCAACGCUGUGGUAGGAAAAGAGCAGUCCAUCAACUAGGGGGAUAUUGAAUCUUUAGUGUUUUUACAGCAGGUUUAGCAAGUUACGGCUUUGGGGAAUCCUUACGAAAAAUUUGAGGCACGUAUAUAGCAUAUGGCCUACCGAGUGUAGUAUUUAUAUUAAGAGCUAUACUUUGUGAUACCCUAGGUAGUUAUAGAGAUAUGGUGAAUGAAUUGGACAUUUUCAAGUUAA